UUUAUAUACCAAAGUUUUUUUAUUUCCAUUUUCACAAAAAUGGUUCUCUCAAAAACUUCUUGUGAGUCUGAUGAUUCUGUACACUCUACAUUUGCUUCUCGCUAUGUUCGAACUUCACUUCCAAGGUUUGAGAUGCCAGAGAAGUCUAUACCAAAAGAGGCAGCAUACCAAAUAAUUAAUGAUGAGUUAAUGCUUGAUGGCAAUCCAAGGUUAAAUUUGGCAUCAUUUGUGACAACAUGGAUGGAACCAGAAUGUGAUAAGCUUAUGAUGGCUUCAAUUAACAAGAAUUAUGUUGACAUGGAUGAAUACCCUGUCACCACUGAGCUUCAGAAUCGAUGUGUGAACAUCAUAGCGCGUUUAUUCAACGCGCCUUUGAAAGAGGAAGAAACAGCAAUUGGUGUGGGGACAGUGGGCUCAUCAGAGGCCAUAAUGUUAGCAGGCCUGGCCUUCAAGAGAAACUGGCAAAACAAACGCAAAGCUGAGGGAAAACCUUAUGAUAAGCCCAACAUUGUCACUGGUGCUAAUGUUCAGGUGUGUUGGGAGAAAUUUGCAAACUACUUUGAAGUGGAAUUGAAAGAAGUGAAGCUAAGUGAAGGGUACUAUGUGAUGGACCCAAUCAAAGCUGUGGAAAUGGUAGAUGAAAACACUAUUUGUGUUGCUGCUAUUUUGGGUUCAACGCUUAAUGGAGAAUUUGAAGAUUGCAAACUCUUGAAUGAUCUUUUGAUUGAAAAGAACAAGCAAAAUGGAUGGGACACACCAAUCCAUGUGGAUGCAGCAAGUGGUGGUUUCAUUGCACCAUUUAUCUACCCAGAGUUGGAAUGGGAUUUUAGGCUUCCUUUAGUGAAAAGUAUCAAUGUGAGUGGACACAAAUAUGGGCUUGUGUAUGCUGGUAUUGGUUGGGUUAUUUGGAGGACUAAACAAGACUUGCCUGAAGAACUCAUUUUUCACAUCAAUUAUCUUGGUGCUGAUCAACCUACUUUUACUCUCAAUUUCUCCAAAGGUUCAAGUCAAGUCAUUGCUCAAUAUUAUCAGCUUAUCCGCUUGGGCUAUGAGGGAUAUCGAAAUGUAAUGGAAAAUUGUCGUGAAAAUGCAAUUGUGCUAAGAAAAGGACUUGAAAAAACAGAACGUUUCAAUAUAAUCUCCAAAGAUGAAGGUAUACCCUUGGUGGCAUUUUCCCUCAAGGACAAUAGCCUUCACAACGAAUUCGAGGUCUCCGAGACCCUCCGUAGGUUUGGGUGGAUUGUCCCGGCCUACACUAUGCCAGCUGACGUGCAACAUGUUACAGUGUUGCGUGUCGUGAUUAGGGAGGACUUCUCCCGAACCCUGGCAGAGCGUCUUGUCUCUGACAUCGUCAAGGUCCUCCACGAGCUCGAUACGCUUCCGGCUAGGUUGAAUGCCAAAAUGGUGGAGGCAGAGGAGAAUAAUUUGAUGAUCAAUAAUAAUAAUAAUAAUGUGAAGAAAACUGAAAUUGAAGUUCAAAGGGCAAUUGCUGAUUUUUGGAAGAAAUAUGUUUUAGCUAGGAAAGCAUCUGUUUGCUAGGGAAGGAUUAAUUGUUAAAGGAAUAAGUAUUAAUUAGUAGUAACUUUUUAUUAUUAAUUAUAAAAAUUGUGAAUUUUUAUUUAUGAAGGAUGAUGAUGAAUGUAACAUCUUUUGUUCUAUUGAAUUAAAUAUUAUAUAUGAUUGCUAAGUUAUGUUA